AUGGCCUGCCCCUACAGCGCGUACGUCUCGACGGCGACGCGCGAGUGCCAAGACGGCGCCUACUGCAUCGUCGACAGUGCGUGCAAGACGCUGAAGGCGUUCACGACCAAGGACUUUGUCGUCGACAAAGCGAAACAAUCAAGACUCGUUGUGCGAGAUCUCGUCGUGUCGCAUGUGGCCGAUUUGCCCAACGCGUUCGUGGGACUCAAAAUACGUUUCUUCAACACCUACACUCGCUCGGUGGGCGACCUCUCGACGACGUCCAACGUCAAUGGCUUGGAGAUUCUCGACAAUGAGACGCCGCUCGAUCUCUCGCGCGUGGUGUGGCCAACAACACUCGAGAUCAUGACUGUUGAAAACACGCAGAUUGUGGCGUUUCCAGCGACCCCCCUUCCCAAAAACCUCCACUGGCUUACGCUGAGUAACACCAGCCUCACGAACGUGCAGCAUCUCGACAUGAGCACCCUUUGGUUUGUGAAUUUUGAACUCAAUCCGCUCACGGCAUUGUACAACGUGACCUUUGGCGAAGGCCUCCAACAACUCAAUUUUGGCAAAGCCAACUUGACGACCUUCACCGUGGACCCCGGGACGUACGACGUACUUCGCAACGAGAGCCAUGCCGUGUACUUUAUGGGCGCUCUCGACAUCACGGCCACAUGCAAGGUGCCCAAUCGCAUCAUGCCGCUUGUCCCCAACGGCCCCGAGAUUUUUACGGCCGCAGCGCGCUUUGUCUGCGUUGCCCCAGGCAAGAUGUUGCCGCCACCAACCCCGUCCAGCGUGCCCACAACCAGCGCAUAUCGGCCGACAUCCAUGGCCCCACCAACGACGGACAGUGUCGUGGCUGCAGCGUCCGGCCUCAGUGGCGUCGCGAUCGCGGGCAUUGCGGCCGGUGCCGUCAUCCUCAUCUUGGGCAUCGGGUUGUAUUUCUUCUGCCGCCGACGUCGUCCAAGCAGCCCGAUGACCACAAGCAAGCCACACGAGAGCUCACACCCCUACGAGGGGGGCACGGCGACCGCCGAGUCCCGGCCGUCGGGGUGUCCGCCCGCCAACUUUGAUGACCUCGCAAUGCUGCGGCUCGAGAGCUCGUUGCUGCUGCCCAUCGCGUGUGUAGCCGAAGGCGCGUACGGCCAAGUGUGGCGGGGGACGUAUCAAGGACAUGCCGUGGCGAUCAAGGGCCUCUUGCCGGGCAAAAAUUCGCGCUCUGCGGUUGAACAGUUUGCCAACGAGAUUCUUCUCGCCUCACGGAUGUCAAGUCCGUACAUUGUCGCAACCAUGGGUGCGAGCUGGCGCGUCCCUUUUGAGCUGCAAAUGGUGCUCGAGUGGAUGGACCGAGGCGACCUGCGGGGGGUCCUUCAAGCGACGGCCCCCCCAACGCCCGACGGCGACGCGCGCGGUUUUUCGUGGGACGAAAAAAUGGCGUGCAUGCUGAGCAUGGCGGAAGGCCUCGCGUACUUGCACUCGCUCGACAUAAUCCAUCGCGACUUCAAGUCCCGAAAUGUGCUCUUGGACUCGACCAAGGGCACCAAAAUCACGGAUUUUGGCACGUCGCGCGAGACCACGACCGACACGAUGACGUUUGGUGUCGGCACGUACCGCUGGAUGGCGCCCGAGAUUCUUCUCGACAUUCAAUACUCGACGGCUGCCGAUAUUUACUCGUUCGGCGUCGUUCUCUCGGAGCUCAGCACGCACGAGAUCCCGUACUCGGACCAGCGCAACACGAGUGGGCAUCCGCUCGUCGAUACCGCAAUCAUGGGGCGCGUCAUGACGGGGUCGAUCCGACCGUCGUUCGGAACGCAACUGCCGCUGUGGGUGCGCCACGUCGCCGACGCCUGCAUCGCAUGGUCACCUGAAGCCCGCCCGACGGCGCUCGAAGUUGCGCAUACGAUUCGACAGCAGAUUCGCGCAACACUUUAAUCGCGGCGCUAGUCCUAGCCCAUUCUAGUAUGUGUGUAUAAACGAAUAAAUCUUGCUUCACAAUCCUGUGAUCCCAUUGGAC